AUUUUGUGAUUAUUACGCACGAAAAUGUGUUCAAAUGUUUAAUGGUUAAGCAUUUAUAGUUGCUAUCUUUCCCUGUUUCUGUUGAAGAGUGUUGGACAGUGCUGACGCACACAAAUUGCCAGAGUAACAUUAUGAUAUCUGGUCUCUCUCUCCAGCUCCCCAAAGCUGCAGCGUGACGCAUGACGCGUUUUGGAGGCGCGGCACAAUUUCCCCAUAAAUACCGAGUCCUGCUCUCCUCCAGGCUACAGACACAGACACAACAGCGAGGUUACACCUCCUCACAUCACUGGAAAGGACUUAACUCCUGCUCUACAGCACCGCCGAAACUCCUGGUGCAUUUCUGCAAAAAGGAAAACAUGAUUAAGAAAAUGUCUCCACCCGAGAAUGAGUUCAACAUUCCGGCCAAGAACUGCCACAGGAUGGUGAUCCUGGGCUCCACGAAAGUUGGGAAGACUGCCAUCAUCUCUCGGUUUCUGAACGAGAGAGUGGAAGACCAGUAUACUCCAACUAUUGAGGACUUUCACAGGAAACUUUACAGCAUCAGGGGGAACGUUUACCAGCUGGACAUUUUGGACACAUCUGGAAAUCAUCCGUUCCCUGCGAUGAGGAGGCUUUCAAUUCUUACUGGUGAUGUGUUCAUCUUGGUGUUCAGCCUGGACAACAGAGACUCCUUCCAGGAGGUGCAGCGCCUGAAGCGUCAGAUCUACGAGACCAAGUCGUGUCUGCGUAACAAAACCAAGGAGAACGUGGAUGUGCCGCUGGUCAUCUGCGGCAACAAGUGCGACAGAGACUUUCACCGAGAGGUGCAAGAGGAGGAGAUCGAGCAGCUGGUCGGAGGAGGAGAAGGAGAGGAGACCUGCGCAUACUUUGAGAUCUCUGCGAAGAAGAACACCAACGUGGACCAGAUGUUUCAGACUCUGUUCUCCAUGGCCAAGCUGCCCAACGAGAUGAGCCCCGGGCGCCACUGCAAAGUGUCCGUGCAGCACUGCGAGCUUCUGCACAGAAAGUCCUUCAGGAACAAGAAGUGCAAGGAUGGGAACGCGUACGGGAUUGUGGCGCCGUUUGCGCAGAGACCCAGCGUGCACAGUGACUUGAUGUACAUCAAGGAGAAAGCGAUAGGAGGCAGCCAGUCUAAGGAGAAAGGAUGCGUCAUAUGCUGACACUUUGAGACUUUCUGUGAGACUUUUCUACAACUGUAAAUCGGAGCUGUUGUGCAUGCAGAGGCUGCAUAAAGCUCAAAGACUGUGAUACAAAUGUGAACCAAACUGUGAAGAGACAGACAUGGUGGAGAGGCUCUGUCCACGUGAAGAGAUGCAAGAGAUGCUCUGAAACAAUGCUGUAUAAUCUGCCUCUCCUUUAGUUUGAGAGAAAAAUGUUUACAUUUUGCUAUUUUUCUUUUUCAUUUUUUUUUUUUCUCAAACUUGGUGGAACUUGAAUGUUUGUUGCAUUAUGAACAAAACUGAAUGUGUAUUUAUUAUAUCCACGUCGAUUUUUUUGGAUAAGAAAAGGGAAAAUAAAACCACUUGAUACUUUCAUAAUC